CCGCGAUCGUGGAUAAAAGCUGGCUUGGCUGCGUUCUUCUUUUCAGUCCCCCUCCCUCCAUUCCUGAUCACCCUCCCCCUUUUUGCAAUCUGUACACGUUGUCGAUACCCACCCUAACGCUUCUCUCCUUAGUGACCCAAACAGCCCCCACACACACACUCUUGCCAGCGUCCUCUCAUCUCUCUGUCCCGCCUCCCAGAAUGCGUUUCAUGAUGACCUCCGUUAUGCUUGUGAGUGCGCUUCUGCAGGGUUUUCUCGUCAUGAGUCUCCCUCAGGGUACAACUACUACAGCUACCGCGGUGGACCCGGCAGGAAAUUCGAACAUCGUCGAUCUUUCGCAGCGGUUGCAGGGAGUCUUGGAUGCCGUCAACGCCGGCGACUCGAUGAGAGUGUACACCCUGUCCUCCAGUCUGCUGCAAUACGACAUCCGAAUGAGCAGCAGUGAUGGCACGGCCGUCACCACGGAGACUGACAUGUUAUCGAGCAUGAAUGAGUUUCUUGCUGGAGUAGCUUACCACACCUUCGACCUCCCAACGGUAAGAUACCACAGCCUGCAAGCCCUAGAUCUGAUGCAACAAUCCGGUAGUUUCUUUGCUAUGUUGAUGUACAAAUAG